UGGUGCAGCAGACGGAGCACGCGUUGAAUGCUAAAGAACUUGGGCCGAAGCCUCCAAUGAAAGAAUAUCUGAAGGGUUUCGUGGCCCUGUGAAAGAUCACUUCCGAGAAUUCUCUUUCUCUCACAAUCUCUCUCUCACUUUCUCUCCUAUUUAUCUCUCUCAACAUAACAGCGAUUUCGUUCUGGUUGUGAAUAAACUCAUAAAUCAUGGCACGUAUCUUGUUGAAAUGGAAGAAAGUGAUUAUACAUCUGAUUUGCAAAUGAGUUACGCAAAACUGAAGUGAAAGUUUAAACUGAAAAACAGGUUUAUUAAAAAAUGAAAUGACUCCCUGAGGAUAGAAAAAAUAAAUAAACAUAUCCAGUGAUACCAUUUUUGCAUUGAGAGCGACGAGAAUCGCAGAACUGGCGCGCAAGAGCGUCCCUCUUUUCAGGACCACGAGGCAGGUUUGUCGUUUGCAUUGAAACGAUACAGAAGUAAAGCAGAAUCGCCAAGUCCAAGUAUCCAGAGUGGGGAUGAAAAGGCAUCCUGUACCACAAGAAAAGCUAGACCUCCCACAAGAUUAUGAUGCAGAGAUUAUUGACGCAUUCCUUCCAAUAAUGAAGAGCAACAUCAUGAUGUUUUCGUCAGUGACGUAGUGGUUCUCGACUACUACUAUCUCUGGGUGAAUCCUGUGAAUGAUCUCAUGCUGUCUUUCUGAUUGCCAAAAGGAAGAUAAUUCACAAUGGUCACCACGGUGGAACUCGACCCUAUACCAAACCGCGUGUCCCCUGAAGAUGUGAUGCUAACCUUGAAGACAUUGGAGGCCGAGCUGGAAAAGCCCUCACCCUCUCCCCCUUACCAACAGACACCCCUUCCUUCCCUGAACUUCAUUCCCACCUAUACAUACUACUCCUCCUCAGCUUCUGCCUCGUCCGCCUCCUCCUCCUCUUCUUCUUUCUCAUUCUCGACGUCCUGGGAUGACCUCGUCUUCAACAACAACACUUCGUGGAACAACAAAAACGGGACUUUCACCGAAGAGGGGCCGGUUUUCCCAGAGUACAUCAAGAUCGUGUCGACGGUCUUCUGCAGCAUCGUCUUCGUCGUAGGGGUCGUUGGCAACGUGCUGGUUCCCGUCGUCAUUCUCAAGAAUCGAGACAUGAGGAACUCGACCAAUUGCUUCCUCAAUCUCAGUUUUGCCGACCUUCUGGUCCUCCUUAUCUGCCUCCCAACCGUCCUCGUGGAACUUCAUACGUCUCCGGAUAUGUGGGUCCUCGGAUACACUAUGUGUAAGAUUGUCCCUUACGUAGAAAUGAGUGUGGUUCACGCCUCGUCGCUGUCACUGGUUGUGAUUAGUUUGGAAAGAUACCACGUGAUCUGCCGCCCUCUACAAGCAGGUUACCGUUGCACGAAGGCCAAGGCGAUAACGGCCAUAUUUAUCAUAUGGAUCCUGGCCUUCAUUUCGGCUGGGCCAACGGUCUUGCAGGUUGAGUUCCGGUACACAACGUUCCACGAUGGAACAGUGAAUCCGAGCUGCAUCAACACUAUCGAGUCCCUCUGGAGCAAGUGUUACAUCGUGGCCACCAGCAUACUCUUUUUCUUCGUCCCCUUGCUGGUUCUCGUCGGGAUCUACACCGUCAUCGCCAGACAGUUGCUCGUCGACACCUACGACCUGACCCACAACGAGGAAAACCCACAAAUGCGAGCGAGACGCCAAGUGGUCAUCAUGCUGGCCACUGUGGUCUUGUUUUUCUUCCUCUGUCUGAUGCCCAUGAGGGUAUUUCUGCUCUGGAUCCUGGCCGUCUCGACGGAGACCGUCGGCUCGUUAGGCCUAGAGGGCUUCUACAACCUGCUCUAUUUCUGCCGCGUGAUGCACUACAUCAAUUCUUCGAUCAAUCCCAUCCUCUACAACAUGACUUCAACGAAGUUCCGCACGGCCUUCCUCAGGGUGUUCAGCAAGAGACAAGGACGGCUGUACAGGCAAGACACGUGCAGCAAUACUUCUUACAACAACCACACCAUUACAAACAAUCUUCGACUGCACUAUGGCACCAACUGCUCCAUGGUGUACAAGACAGUGUAUUCCAAGAGCGUCGUCAGUCAUCAGUACAGUUACACUUCAACAGGGUCAGCGUCAUCGCAGUUCACUAGGCAGAGUCUAGUGACCAGCUGUGGACGCAAUUCAACCAAAGAUUCGUAUGUUUAAGUGGUGAUAUCAAGAACACAUACUGGAAAAUGGAAAUCUAUAUGUCAAGUUGUGUUUACGUGUUCAUGUAACUUAUAAAUGUUAUUCAAGGAAAUAUAUCUUUCUCGGACUGUAU